GAAUGAGAGACUGCAAGCUCUGCAGAAGCAAAGGCAGAGGGUCAUGUAUCUCAGCAGCAGCUUGUGCUAUGUUAAAGUUAUUUUAAAAGCACUGCAGAGUCACAAUUGUCAUCAGUAUGUCUGAAUGGAUAACCUUUAUCCUGCUGCCUUGUAUUUAUAAUGAAGCAGAUUCUACCCAUUUUUCAACAAUGCCACUUGGGCACUGAAGUAGCUGAAAUGAGAAAGAGGCAGCAGUCACAAAAUGAAGGAACAUCAGCUGUGUCUCAAGCACCUGGAAACCAAAGGCCCAACAACACAUGUUGCUUUUGUUGGUGCUGUUGCUGCAGCUGUUCAUGCCUCACUGUUAGGAAUGAAGAUAGAGGAGACAAUGCAGGAAGGCCAACACAUACAACCAAAAUGGAAAGCAUCCAAGUCAUAGAAGAAUGCCAAAACCCUACUGCAGAUGAAAUUUUGUCUUGGGCUCAGAAUUUUGACAAGAUGAUGAAAACACCAGCUGGGAGGAACCUUUUUAGAGAGUUUCUUCGAACAGAGUAUAGUGAAGAGAACCUGCUUUUCUGGCUCGCAUGUGAAGAUCUAAAGAAGGAACAGAACAAGAAAGUUAUUGAAGAAAAAGCAAGACUUAUAUAUGAAGAUUAUAUUUCUAUACUUUCACCAAAAGAGGUUAGUCUUGACUCCCGGGUGAGAGAAGUGAUCAACAGAAACUUGCUGGAUCCCAGUCCUCAUAUGUAUGAAGAUGCCCAACUCCAGAUAUACACCUUAAUGCACAGAGACUCUUUCCCAAGGUUCUUGAACUCUCAAAUUUAUAAGUCUCUUGUUGAAAGUAUUACAGGCUCUACUUCUGAAACUUAGUUUCAAUUUUAAUUUUCAAAUAAAAUAACUUGAUUUUUUUCGGGGGUGGGCGGGACAGAAGAAAAGUAGUUUAAUAACAUCUGGAGCUGGGUUCCUGGAGAACUACAGUUUAGCUCUACUCAGGCUACUGUGAAGAAAACAAACACAUACUAUGGUCUCUGUCUACAUUUUUACCAAGGUCCUCCUUGCUUGAAAUAGCAUGGGAGGGAAACAAUGGAUUUGCCAAAAUACAUUUGUUUCACACUCCUUUCACCCAACUGCAGUCAAGAUUGCAAUGAUGUAUUUGUAGUUUUAUGAACAGUCUCCUUGUGUAUCCUCACAUUGCAUGUGCAAGGUAAAACUGCUUCACUUACCACUUAGUUGUUGCAAUAUUUAAUCCAAUAACAUAAAUUAUAUCUGUAUUUAAGAACUUUUUUGUGCAAUACAGUCUAAUGGUACAUAGAAACAACUGCAGCAAACCAGAAAGAGGCUUGCAUUUUUUAACAUCACUAACUGAAAAAAGCCAAUUUUUAAGGUGUAGCAUUACUCAACAUGCUCUACUGAGUACAAUACACUGACUUUUUGAAGCCAAUAUUUCUGUAUAGAAAAAGAAAGAGCUAUUUAUCACUGUUUAUUUAAAAUAAAUCAAGUGGAGGAUUCCUCUGGUUGUUCACUGCCAAAACUGUGGCAUUUUCAUUACAGAGUUUGCAAUGUCAAAAAAAAAAAGGAAAAAAAAAAAAAAAGGGAAAAAAAAAGCACAAACCACUUAAAGGGAUCCAUAUCUGAGUGACACAAUCUAUGCGCUGAUAUUGUUUAAUUGUUAAAAGAACAAAGAUUGUCAAUGUACAUUUCAGAUGUCAGAUACUGUAAUUGAUUUAUUAAAGACUGGCUACCCAGUUCUAACACUGUUGUAUAAUGUUAUAUACUUCAGCAAAAAAAAGAAAAAAAAAAAAGAAAAAAAAAGAAAGAAAAGAAAAAGAAAAAAAAAGGAAAUAAGAAAACAGAAACAAGAACAAACACAGAAAGCUUGAUAAUUUAGUUUUUUUUUUAAUAAAGAAAUUUAAUAAAAGAUUGCCUACAUGUAGCAUUUUAGAGUAUUUUAGAACAUUUUGAUGAAUUGCAUCUGUCCUGUAAGAUUUUUUUUUGAAGGCUAAAUCCAGUCAAAAAAGUGUUUUUAAGCAAAGUAAUGUUUUACAAGGUGGUGGGUUAAAGAAGACUUAGCUUCUGGCCUCAUUGAUUUUGAGUAACUCCUUGAAAACAAGGAGUUUGGAGUGUAAUAUUAAACCAAAUUUCAAGGGCUCCUAAAUCGGCAGUUCUUACCCAAGCAAAAUGCCUACUGAAACUCAAUGGGUGUCUUUCCUGGGUAGAGAGUCCUGUAUUGAGCCCUAAAUGAGAGCUAAUGCAGCACAGUACUCCAAUCAUUUUUCUGCCAUGGUGGUUUUAGUAGGCGUUUGCUUGGCCUUUUUAUCCAAAAAUGUCCAAUUUUAGGAUGCAUUUUGAUGUUUAAAGAGAGAGUGAUUUGGAACUUAAAACAACCAACAUCUUCAUACCUACGAUAUAUGAGACAAAUGAGUGUUCACAUCCCUCACAAACUGCUAAAGAUAAACCAUGAGAUUGUUUUGAAUGCCAGUUAAAUAUAUAUAUGUAUGUAUGUUUGUAUAUAUAUAUAUAUUUAGCACUGUCAGCUCUGGUCUUGUACUAAGACUUUAGAGGCAAGGUUCUUCUCACUUUCCUAGGACUAAAUACAGCAUACUCCCAUUGCUUUUGAUGGGUCCAAAAGGUUUUACAGUUGUGUAACUAAGUGGAAUCUGGCCCCAGCAAACUUGGCUCCAACCAGCAAGCUCCUCCUUGGUGCCAGCUCUUGCUGAAAUCGCUGCUGCCAAGGCUGCUCUGGCUCUACACAGUAGCUGGUAGGAAACAGGUAUUAGUUUAUUUCCUGGGGCUUAUUUUUUCCUUUAUUUUACUACCUCUCUCUCUCUUUUUUUUCCCUCUUAAUUUAUUGAACAUGCUUCAAAUAGCAAGUCUGGGGAAUUUUUUAAUCAUUCUUUUUACUUGAAACCUGCGUGCUUUUUUUGGAUAUAUAAGAACAAUUUAACAAACUGUUUCUUAAACUCAUUUGGUUUUGUAAUUUAUAUAGAAUUCAGGAGAUGAUUAAAAGGGCUAUUCUCUAUUCCCUAUGCAACUAUUUUAACUGUUGUAGUGUUUGACAGAAUGGGAUCUAAAAAAAAAAUCUGCGAAGUGGAAAACAAAUCUGUUUACAGUGGCGUUGCUGACUAUCCUACCAUAUUCAGCACUUUUAAAUAUUGUUAUUUAUGAAAAUGUAGUUUAAAAUGCAAGACAAAGUAUUUAUAAACGUUUCUUUUAAUAAAUAACUGUUUUGUCUGAAAA